AUGUCUUCAUACAACAAUUCUUGUGCUGCUGUUGCUUCUGGUUCUUUGUAUCAUACAUCAAGCAGAUGCAUUUCACCAAACCAAGAAGAACUUUAUUCUUCUUCAGAUGAAUAUCCAGUUUCUUUAG